AACAUAGCUGAGGAGCAUUAAUUUUUCCGCACUCCAUCUCUUCCCACUUUCAAUACUCCACAAUGGGUGCGACAUCUCUGCGUCAUCUCAUUCUCAUCUCCCUUCUUCUCCAGUCCAUCCUCUUCAUCAAAGUCAGAAGCCAUGAUGACAAGGAAGACGACCUUCUUCGUGGGAUUAACAGUUACAGGGCAACACUAAAGUUGCAGCCUCUGACUAAGAAUGAUCAAGCAGAAUGUUUUUCUGAGAAAAUGGCUGACGAGUUUAAAGAUCAACCGUGUACAAAUAGCUCUGGUCCGGACACGGUUCCAGGCACAGAAACUAAUUUCAAAGAUUACCCAAACCUCCUCGGGAAGUGCAAGUUGAAUGUCACCACUACAAGUGGUGGAGCCAUAUUACCUGCUUGCGUUCCUGGCCUUGAUCGUGCUCUUGUUCUCUCAAACUACACGCUGUCCCAGUAUUCUCGCUACCUCAAUGACUCUAAAUAUAUUGGUGUUGGGAUUGGCUCGGAAGAUGACUGGGUAGUUGUAAUUUUGACAACCAGCACACCAGAUGGAAGCUAUGCACCUGAUACCAGUUCAGCCAUACUUGUUUCAAAGAUCGGUCUCAUCAUUUGUCAUGCACUUCUACUUGUCACACUUGUGAUGCUGCUGACAAGCAUCUGAAAUGGAAGCCUUAUUUGUCGCACUUUUUGGCUGUCUUCGCGAAUCUGUUAUCUGUUUGCUGAGAGUUUCCUUUCCACUUGGUUGUAGAGUGACUAUUCUGUAACUUCUGUACUUGUUUGUACUGGGUUCCCCAUUGAGGCAUUGAUACAAAAUGCCUAAGUGUACUUGUCAAAAUAAACCAGAUUUUAAAAAUGCUCUGUCUUGCGGUCUUGCCCUCCAUUUUUUUUUUUGUUUUUGUAAUGCACUUGGUUUUUCUAGGUUUGUUGUAUAAACCAUAUGCAUAAAGACAGGAAGUAAAU